ACAGUUCCGGAGGCCGGAGCUGGGCGGGGCGACGGCGACGGGAGUGGGACCUCCCCACAGAGAAGGAGAGGCGGCAGCGCCUCUCCCGCAGCCGGCCCGGGAUAGCUCGAGCGACGCGGUUGAGGCUAUGAGCCGCGGCGGCGGAGGUGGUGGUGCCGCGCCGGCGAAGCCCCCGAGGGCGCAGGCCUUCCGCCUGCCCGGCCGUCACGGCUACGCGGUCGAGUUCUCGCCUUACCUGCCCGGGCGCUUGGCCUGUGCUGCCUCGCAGUACUACGGGAUUGCAGGUUGUGGAACUCUGGUAGUAUUAGAACAAAAUGAAGCUGGAAUUCAUCUCUUUAGAAGUUUUGACUGGAACGAUGGCCUGUUUGAUGUGACAUGGAGUGAGAACAAUGAGCAUGUGCUUAUCACAUCCAGUGGAGAUGGAUCAUUACAAAUCUGGGACACAGAAAAGCCCACAGGUCCACUUCAAGUCUAUAAAGAGCACAGUCAAGAGGUUUACAGUGUCGAUUGGAGCCAGGCCAGAGGAGAACAACUAGUAGUAUCUGGGUCGUGGGAUCAAACAGCAAAAUUGUGGGAUCCUGCAGUGGGACAGUCUUUAUGUACUUUUAAAGGCCACGAAGGUGUCAUUUACAGCACAAUAUGGUCUCCGCACAUCCCAGGCUGCUUUGCAUCUGCCUCAGGUGACCAGACUUUAAGAAUUUGGGAUGCAAAAUCGCCAAGACCCCCAGUGAUCAUUCCUGCUCACCAGGCGGAGAUUUUAAGUUGUGAUUGGUGCAAGUAUGAUCAGAACUUGCUGGUAUCAGGUGCUGUUGACUGCAGUUUGAAAGGCUGGGAUUUGAGGAACAUCCGACAGCCAGUAUUCAAGCUCUUUGGGCAUACAUAUGCUAUAAGAAGACUCAAAUUUUCACCAUUUCAUGCUACUAUAUUAGCUUCCUGCUCCUAUGAUUUUACUGUGAGAUUCUGGGAUUUCUCCAAGCCUGAUCCACUGCUUGAAACUGUGGAGCAUCACACAGAGUUUACUUGUGGCCUGGAUUUAAGCUUGCACCACCCGAGUCAGGUGGCAGAUUGUGCUUGGGAUGAAACGGUGAAAGUCUAUAGUCCAUCUUCAUUGAUAAUUCCAUCAUAGAAAGAGAUUCUCCAUGGAGGACAGCUGAUUUGGAAGAAAUUGCUUCUCCUUUCUCAGGGCAAGGCAGAACUUUCAUGGAAUGCAUUGUUACAACCUUAUAUUAAAACAUGUCCUUUGAUGUUUUAAAUCAGGGGAAAGAAAUCUCCAGAGCUUGUAUGAUUCUAACUCCUGUAAGUCCCAUCCAGCUGGCCAAUGACCAGGGACAAGUUGCAGUACAUCAACAUCUGGAGGCUAUAAAUCCCCCACCGAUUGAGAUAUACAGCUAACAUAUGACUUCUUUCACAAAAACUGUGUUGGACCAGUAAAAUAAUAACAAAUUAGCUGGACAGACCAAAAACAGAGAGAACUCCUAGAUAUGUGUAGAGCAUCUUGCAAGCAUUCGUGUAAAGACUGGGUGAUUGGAACUGUAUCUUUAUAUCUACUGAGGGGGGAAAUGCAAAUCAUUGGUGUUCAAAUUAGAAUUUAUUGUACAACAAUGUAGCAUCUACCUGAUGCCUAUAACAUUCAAUUAAUUUUGUUAGAGAUACAUUUUACAAUUGAUGUUGCAUUAUAACAUUCUACAAUGUUGAUGUACAGUAAAUUACAUUAUCUAACUC